CGUACCACUACCAUCCCAUUUGGAACGGGUAUAAGAUGAAAGAAACGGGUACGUGAUGGUUCGGGUUCGGGUAUCCCAGAACCCAUCAUCCUUCAAUUUUUCAAAAAACUUCCUAAAACUAGCCGAUCCCAAAUUCCUUCCGGUGCUCAUCGCAGCCUAAACUCUUUUUACAAAAUAGCUCUUGUAGUUUGAUGUUUUAUUUGUUAUUGAUGACUGUAAUUUAGUUUCGCUCACUAGUGAUAUCUCGGAUGAUAUUGUUGCUGCUGAUAUGCCCUUCUUCGUGGGUAAUGCAUUGUUAGUCACAAUAAUAAAAAUAAAAAAAUAAAAACUAAACUCCCUUACCCACUAUAACGGUAGAACCCGAUAGAAUAGAAGUUGCUCCGGCCGAACGGCCACGGCUGUCACCCUCGAUGGCAACAUCGGGCUGCUUCGCUCUCUUUCUCUCUCAACUGUGACCAUCAGGACAUUGGCACAAAUGCAUCUCUAAAUAUUAGCCACGGCAAACCCAAUUCAGUCUUUCAAUAGUAUCCAAAUUAAGGGAUUCUUUGAGGUCAGUGUAUUUUCUGUGUUCAAACAUUACUUCAAAUUUUAUUAUUUUUAUAUUCUUUGGUGUUGGUCUCUUAAAUGUUUCCAAUCACCUUUACUUGAUUAAGAAACUUUUAAAAUUAUUAUCUUCAUAUAGGAUUGUAUUCAUGUUAAUUAUAAACUAUUUUGGUAUUGGAAUGUAAAAGAAAAAGGAAAAAAAAAAAAAAAAGAAAGAAGGUAUGAAUCACUUAUUAUUCAGGUUAAGAAAACUUGUAAAAUUAUUAUCUUCUUAUAGGAUUAUAUUCAUGUUAAUUACAAACUAUUUUUGUAUGGGAAUGUCCAAAAAAAAAACUGUGUAUGAAUCGGGUUUGGGGUACCUGCAAACCCGAUUGGUUUGGGAAUACCCGUUUCCCUGCCAAGUGGGGUUUGCCAUCCUUAGUUCUCAAGAAAUCUCUAGCACUGAUGAAUGAAAGGUAAGUAAAAUUCUUUCAACAUCAACCUCUAUAAGCUGUUAUUCCUGUUUCUGCUAAUGUGUUUUUUCUGCAUACCCCAUUUUCUGGUAAUGGGUUUUGACUGUAUGCGAGUUUGGUUUGUAUGUAUUGCUCAAUGUUGGGAUAGGCAUUCUAAACUGAUGAUGGACUUGCUAAUGAUAAUAUGUUCUACUGGGGUGUGUAAUUGUUUUGCUUUGGAAUUGUCAUUGUAAAUUGUGGUAUUGAUUCAAAGUGUGCUUUUAUUCUGUUAUAUUGCUUCCUUGAAUUGAGGGUGGUGGUUGGAUCUGUACCUUCGAUGUUUGAUAAUGUUACCGUUUGUGAAAAUGAAAAAACUUAAUUAUUAACCCCCUGUCCAAUCAGGGCAUUUCAAUGGAUAAAUUAACAAUUCAAAUAGUUAAAAUUUGUAUGUUACAACCUUUGUGAGUCGAUGAGCUGGUGUGGUUGAAAUUCUAAUGUAGAAAAAGAUUGGGAUUAGGAAAAGGUGCUGGAUGAUUUGUUUGACAAAAGACAAAAGGCUGCAAAGGUUGAAAAUCUAGAGGCCUGGGUUAAGAAAGAAAGAUUUGACUGAAGACAGAUCACUGUAUUCAGUUAAGAAUUCAGGUUGCUAAGUCAGAGAAGGAUGAUUAAGGCCAAGUUGGUUGAUAGGGCUUAAUAUAUAUCAAAUUCUUCUGCUGGAGUUUAAGGUGAGAGUAAAAUAGAACAACGUAGAGUAAUAUUGUCCGAGUCUAUGGAUGGUCAAUGCUUUUAUUUGAUUUGAUUUACUCUAUUUUAUUUUUUAUCUGGCUUGAGCUUGUUCACCAGUGGGAUGAAUUUGGAAAUGAGGCCUUGACUAAUCAAGUAAAAAUAUCACUUAGGAAUAGAAGAAUCAGCCAAGAGUUUUGAGGUAUUUUGCGGUAUUGGUGAUCCAGGGAAUCUAGUUGAAGGGUUAUUCAAGGUUUGAAAAUGGCAGGGCACAUUAGAAUUCAAUAUUGAGCCAAAGCAAUAAAGAGUUAAGCAGGUGAAAGUUAUUUAUUUUUUAUUUUUAUUUUUUUUAAUUUUUAAAUACAUUACUAAAAGGAGGACUUUAGUAGUCCAGAUACACAUCUAACUGCAGUCAUGAUUUAGGUUGAAAUUCAUUUGACAGAGUACCUGAAAUUGAAUGUUUCCCAAUUUCCAACUGCUUUAGGAUCAACCAUAUGAAAUUUGAAUACAAUAUUUACAAGAAUAUAAAACUUAGCCAUGAUGUAAAUGAAACUAAAGAUUCAACUGAUUUGACAUUUUGUCCUAGUUCAAGAGUGACAAUGCUUGAAAAAAUGUUUAGGCAUUAAAUUGUGACACAACCCAAGAUGGGUGAUAUUUACAUUAUCCUUGUUUUGUGCCCCAUGUCAAAUUAACAUUAUCUGAUAUGAUGUCUACUAUUAACAAAUCAAAGGUUGUAAACUGACAUUCUUAUGAUGUUUAUCAUCUUUUCACUGCAAAUUACAAAAGCAUCUCAUUUGGUUUUCAAGUUCUACUCAAGGAGUAUGGUUUCAGAGGUUUCUCGAGGGGAUGAUUGCCUAUUCUUCUUGGUUAUAGCGUUCGGCGGUACUAGCAAAUUUGUAUUAUAAAUUUUUUCAAGAAAUACUUGUAUGAGACUACUGGACCAAAGUAUGUUUGCAAGAAAAAGACCCGUAUUUACUUUGUUGGAAUAUGCUAGCGAUCUGAAAGAUGGGCUUCCCAAGUUUGUCGAAUCUGAAGGCACACGUGGGUUGUACAAGGGUCUUACUGUGCUCUGGGGUCAUUACAUGACAUAUAAAUGAAAGUUCCCAUAUCCAGCUCCUUCUCCAUCAAAAUUCACAAGAAAUUCUAUGGUCACCAAUAUUCAGUUUCAUCAAAUUCCAAUCCUAAUCUCAUCACCUGGUUCAACAAAUAUGUGGACAAAAAUAAUGUAUCCUCCUGGAACUCAGUCAUUGCUGACUUGGCUCGGAGUGGUGACUCCCUUGAAGCUCUUCGAGCAUUCUCAUCCAUGCGAAGGCUGUCUCUCACACCCAACAGAUCCACCUUCCCCUGCACCAUCAAAUCUUGCUCAGCUUUGUUUGAUCUUCGCUCAGGAAAGCAAGCGCACCAGCAAGCUCUGGUCUUUGGCUUUGAGUCUGACCUCUUUGUUUCCUCUGCUUUAAUUGACAUGUACUCAAAGUGCUGUGAAUUGACUGAUGCAAGAAUACUGUUUGAUGGAAUUUCUCCAAGAAAUAUAGUAUCUUGGACUUCAAUGAUCAUUGGCUAUGUCCAAAAUGAUAAUUCUCUCCAAGCAUUAUCACUUUUUAAAGAGUUCUUGACUGAGGAAAGUGAGAAUGGGGAUGAUGAAAAGGUUUCAAUGGAUUCGGUUGUCAUGAUUUCUGUUCUAUCAGCCUGUUCUCGUCUAUCAGAGAAGGAAGUUACUGAAGGUGUUCAUGGAAUCGUAAUGAAAAGGGGGUUUGAUGUAGAUUUGGGCGUUGGAAAUACUUUGAUGGAUGCAUAUGCGAAGUGUGGCAAGCUGGGUCUAUCUAGAAAGGUGUUUGAUGGGAUGGCUCAGAAGGACGUGGUUUCCUGGAACUCAAUGAUUGCAGUGUAUGCUCAAAACGGAUUCUCCAGAGAGGCUUUGGAAGUUUUCUAUUUGAUGGUGAAGUAUUGUGAUCGUAGCUUUAAUGCCGUGACACUGUCUGCUUUGUUGUUAGCCUGUGCACAUUCAGGGACUCUGCAAGUGGGCAAGUGUAUACAUGAUCAGGUUUUAAAGCUGGGUAUGGAAGCAAAUGUGAUCGUGAGUACCUCUAUUGUAGACAUGUAUUGCAAAUGUGGGAGAGUUGAUAUGGCGAGGAAGGCAUUCAAUUGCAUGAAGGAAAAGAACGUUAAAUCAUGGACGGCCAUGGUUUCUGGUUAUGGAAUGCAUGGCCGUGCCAAAGAGGCUUUGGAGGUCUUCUACAAGAUGGUUAAGUCCGGGGCUAAACCAAAUUACAUAACCUUUGUGUCAGUUCUAGCUGCUUGCAGUCAUGCUGGCCUAUUAGAAGAAGGCUGGCAUUGGUUUAAUUCCAUGAAGCAUGAAUUUGGCAUAGAACCAGGAGUUGAGCACUAUGGUUGCAUGGUUGAUCUUCUUGGGCGUGCAGGCUUUCUCAACAAAGCUUACGAUUUGAUCAACAAAAUGAAGGUGGGCCCUGAUUUUGUAGUCUGGGGAUCCCUUCUUGGGUCUUGUAGGAUUCACAAGAAUGUUGAGCUUGCUGAGAUGUCUGCUAAUAAAUUGUUUGAAUUAGAUCCAAACAAUUGUGGGUACUAUGUCUUGCUUUCACAUGUAUAUGCUGAUGCUGGAAGGUGGAAAGAUGUGGAAAGGAUGAGAUUACUAAUGAAGAAUCAUGGACUGGUUAAACCACCGGGGUUUAGUCUGGUUGAGCUGAAAGGAAGAGUCCAUAUAUUUUUGGUAGGAGAUAGAGAGCAUCCUGAACAUGAGCAGACUUACCAGUAUUUGGAGAAGCUAACUGCAAAGCUCCAAGAAGUUGGCUAUACACCGAAUAUGGCAUCGGUUGUCCACGAUGUUGAUGAAGAAGAAAAGGAAAUGGCACUUCGAAUUCAUAGUGAGAAGCUCGCUGUUGCAUUUGGAAUCAUGAAUUCUGUUCCAGGUUCAACAAUCCAGAUAAUUAAGAAUUUGAGAGUCUGUGGUGACUGUCACACUGUGAUUAAAUUGAUUUCCAAGGUUGUUAAUAGGGAAAUUGUUGUAAGAGAUUUAAAGAGAUUUCAUCACUUUAAGGAUGGGAUGUGUUCUUGCAGAGAUUAUUGGUGAUAUUUAUGCAGAGAAAUAGAAGUUUUUCAUUCUUUGUUC